CUGGUACCUGGGGAACCUGUGGAAGAACCAUCGGCCCUGGCCGGCUCUGGGCAGAGGCUUCAACACUGGGGUGAUUUUGCUUCUCCUGGAUCGGCUACGGAAGCUGAGAUGGGAGCAGAUGUGGAGGUUGACUGCAGAGAGGGAACUAAUGAGCAUGCUGUCCACCUCUCUGGCAGACCAGGAUAUCUUCAAUGCUGUGAUCAAACAGAACCCAUUCCUGGUUCACCAGCUGCCCUGCUUCUGGAACGUCCAGCUGUCCGACCACACCCGCUCUGAGAAGUGCUACAAAGACGUGUCAGACCUCAAGGUCAUCCAUUGGAACUCUCCCAAGAAGCUGCGAGUGAAGAACAAGCAUGUGGAGUUUUUCCGUAAUCUCUAUCUAACCUUUCUGGAGUACGACGGCAACCUGCUGCGACGAGAGCUGUUCGGCUGCCCCAGCGAGGCCGACCACAACAGUGAAAAUCUCCAGAAGACUCUGUCCGAGCUGGAUGAAGAUGACCCAUGCUACGAGUUUCGUCGAGAGCGAUUCACCGUCCACAGAACACACCUCUACUUCCUCCACUACGAAUAUGAACCCAGCUCUGACAACACUGAUGUCACCUUAGUCGCCCAGCUCUCUAUGGACAGGCUCCAGAUGUUGGAGGCCAUCUGUAAGCACUGGGAAGGCCCCAUCAGUCUGGCCCUGUACCUGUCUGACGCUGAGGCCCAGCAGUUCCUGCGCUACGCUCAGGGCUCAGAGGUGCUGAUGAGCCGCGGGAACGUCGGUUAUCACAUCGUCUAUAAAGAGGGACAGUUCUACCCGGUCAACCUCCUGAGAAAUGUAGCCAUGCGGCAGGUCAACACACCGUACAUGUUCCUGUCAGACAUCGACUUCCUGCCAAUGUACGGCCUCUACGAGUACCUCAGGAAAUCAGUGGUGCAGCUAGACAUGGCCAACAACAAGAAAGCCCUGGUGGUUCCAGCUUUUGAGACUCUGCGUUAUCGUCUGUCCUACCCAAAAUCUAAGGCUGAGCUGCUUUCUCAGCUGGAUAUGGGCACGCUCUUCACCUUCAGGUACCAUGUGUGGACUAAAGGCCACGCACCAACUAACUUUGCCAAGUGGCGGACAGCCACCACCCCAUACAGGGUACAGUGGGAGGCCGACUUUGAGCCCUAUGUCAUGGUGAGGAGGGACAGUCCUGAGUACGACCGUCGCUUUGUGGGCUUCGGCUGGAACAAGGUGGCUCACAUCAUGGAGCUGGAUGCACAGGAGUACGAGUUUGUGGUUCUGCCCAACGCGUACAUGAUCCACAUGCCUCACGCUCCCAGCUUCGACAUCACCAAGUUCCGUUCCAACAAGCAGUACCGGGUCUGCCUCAAGACCCUGAAGGAAGAGUUCCAGCAGAACAUGUCGCGGCGCUACGGCUUCGCCGCCCUAAAAUACAUGACGGCUGAGAACAACAGCUAACCACCACUGCGGGACCCUCACACUCCCAGCCCUGAACUACUGACACACCCCACGGGCUGGGGAGGGGGGCGGCGCAGGAAACAGGCGGCCCAUGUGGGGCCAUCAGGAUAUUUUGAGACUUAAGUCCCUCAGACUUUUGUUAGAACGUUUGACCCUCAAAAAGGAACUGUGGGGGUCUUUAUGUCCGUACUUUGACCUCUGCCAGGAUGUAAAAGCUGUGAAAGACCACUUGAGUGACUGCUGGAUCUGGACCCCCGGCUGUGUGUGUGUUUGUGUGUGUGUG